CUGUAAAGAUAAAUAAUAGUGAAAAGUUCUUUUUUAGCGUUUGUUAGUUUGUAUCGUAGCACUGUGGAUCUCAGAGCAUAAUCUAACGUGCAGCUCUGCACAAGUGUGCAGUUCUGAAUGGAAAGUGUGCAGCUCCGAAUUUGUGUUGGGGAGGUACUUUUGAAAUUAUUUUCAAUUAAUCAACUUCGAAUAAAGUCAAGUGAAACGUAGGGGAGGAGCGAAUGAUUUCCUUUUUUUUUUUUUUUAGUUUUCGUGUAAAGGCUGGGCCGUGCAGUUCUGAAAUUUGCUUAGAUUAUGCUCUGGUGGAUCUACUUCGAAAAAAAUAUUUUCACUCAAAAAGACACAGGGAAAUGAAUUUAGAAUUUGUUCGUACAUUCCAAUUGGUGGAAUUUAUUGAAAAAGGUCCUAAAAAGGUGAGACGUGUGGACUGUGUUCCAACCAAAUGGAUACGCUAUAACAGCAUUAAAAAAAGAUAUGUCUCAAAGUUCAUGCCUCCACCGUACGACACCGAUGAAACUAAUGCAAUUUUACACAAAUUGGUUGAAUGCGAGUUGGACGCACCAGAUCAUUGGCCGGAGUACACUAUAAAGCUUGUUGGUGAUGGACAAACUUAUUAUGAAGCAGUUAACAAGUUAAAGAAGUUAAAUACCCAAGAGUAUGUGUACAGCAGUGGAUCAAAAAUUCAUUCAAAGGAUAAAGCUGCUGCUGUCGCCAAGGAAAUAAGAGCCAGAGAAAGCAUUCCGAACCUAAAAUCGAUUUUGGCUGUACCAACCCUUAAGAAAAAUUUUGAGCCAUGCAAGAAAAUUUUACAAACAUCUACUGAAGGUAAUUAUUGUCUGUUUUGAAGCAUACUUAAUAUUCCUUAUUCUAACUAAAUCUUCAAUAUAAGAUUCAAACAAAUUGUCUGGUAAUUCUAAAAAAAUAUGUAAUGCUAAACAUUAUUUUGUACUGGAAUUUUCCGAUACUUUCUUCAUUUUACAUGUAUUCUAUGGUGAUCCAAAAAAACGCUUUUUGAGCUACAGGGAAAGACACGAAAUAAAAUCAUACUAAUAAAUUUCAUUUCCAAACCACACCCAC